UUAUUGAGACGUCAGGAGGAGGUGCAGCGCCGUGUGUUUGUUCUGGACAUAUUCUCUUCGCUCACUGUUUCCUGAUGGAAAUUCCAUUCAUACUUAGUUUUUUUAGAGAUAUAAAUACCACGUGAAGCUGUUUAAUAAAGUAUUUACAACUCCAUUGCGAAACGCUUCUGUUAAACCCUAAAGAUGAAGAAGAAAGUGAAGUACAACAUGGUGAAGAAAAAGGUGGAAGAAGAUGGAGACGUUUUGGUGCCUUUAGCGAACGAUCAUGAGGUCUCGACCGGUGACGAGUCCACACAGGAAAAACGGCAUCUUCGGAUUUCCCAAAGCGACAGCUGCUUCCUCGAGUUCUUAAACAAGGACCGACGUGCAGUGCCUUCGUUUUGUGACAUAGCCGUAAGUGUGCGUGGGGAAGUGUACCCUGCACACAAGGUGGUGCUAGCGUUCGGGAGCAGCUACUUCCAUGCUAAACUGAGUGAAAACCCUCGGCUGGACCGCAUGAGCUUUGACAACAUAGACGGUCCUACGUUUGAACACUUGCUCAACUUUCUGUACAUGUCCGAAAUGGAAGUGCGGCAGAACCAAAUCCCGUCCUUAUCUGAGGCAGCGUGCUUCUUUGACAUGAUGGAGGUGGUGAAUCUUCUAGCAGGUGAAGCAAUGCAGAAUCAAACGCUGGAAGGUGGCGAGAAGGAGGAGGAAGUGCCAAUGGACGAAUCUAAGAGUUUUUCAUCAGGAGCGCUUAAAAAAACUCAAUCUCUAAGAGAAACACAGUGUUUGCUAUGUAGCCGGACAUUUUGUUACAAAACGUCGCUGGAGAAUCACAUGGCCAAGAUGCACAGUCAAGCUGAGGACAUCGAAACGGCGGUUCCUUCCAGCAGCAAACGCAUUUCGACCCGUCAGAGGAGGAGACCAAGCAAAUUUGAGAGCCAAGUGAACAAGAACCCCAUUGGAAUGGAGAACCUUGGGCACAAUGUAGACGACGGAACUACCUCUGUCGAAGAGGAUGACAACGAUGAAGAUGGUAAUGGUGAAGAGAAUCAGCAUGACCAAAGAAAAGAAAAAGAACAGAAAGAAACAGAAGCCAAUCUGGAAGCGGAGACAGGUUUACGAAAUGAGGAGAAUGCAGAAGGCAGGAAGGAGGAGGAGGAGACAAGCUCUAGUCAUGCGACCAAGGACCAUGAUGCAUCAGUGGCUCAGAGCAGUGGCGGCCAUGUUUACCCAGAGGGCUUAGCGCCAGUGAUCAUCCAAAGUGGCAACAAAAAGACGCUCAAAUGCCCAAAGUGUGACAAGACGUUUGACCGUAUAGGAAAAUACGAGAGUCACACGCGAGUGCACACGAGAGAAAAGCCAUUUCAGUGUGACGUGUGUCUGCAGCGCUACUCCACCAAAUCCAACCUCACCGUGCACAAGAAGAAGCACACCGCUGAUGCUCCGGUGCAGAGAAAAGACCACAAGUGUCCAUUCUGCAACAAACUCCAUGCCAGCAGAAAGACGCUAAGCAAACACGUGAAAAGUCCAUUACCCCUCCCUCCCUCUCUCUCUCGCUCUCUCAGGUUCCAUCCUGACCACAUGCAGGAGUUUUUGAGUAUGAGGAAGAGGAAGAGCGAAGGCUGGAAGUGUGACAUCUGCCUCAAGUCGUUCACACGGCGCCCCCACCUGGAGGAGCACAUGAUCUUACACUCUCAGCACCGGCCGUUCAAAUGCGCCUACUGCGAAGACUACUUCAAGUCCCGCUUUGCUCGAUUGAAACACCAAGAAAAGUUCCACUUAGGACCUUUCCCAUGUGACAUCUGUGGACGGCAGUUUAACGACACCGGGAACAGAAAGCGGCACAUCGAGUGCACCCAUGGAGGGAAGAGGAAGUGGACGUGCUUCCUGUGCGGCAAGUCGGUCCGUGAGAGGACGACAUUACGGGAGCACAUGAGGAUCCACAGUGGGGAGAAACCUCACCUGUGCAGCAUCUGCGGACAGAGUUUCCGCCACGGCAGCUCCUACAGGCUCCACCUUCGCGUCCAUCAUGAUGAUAAACGUUACGAGUGUGAAGAAUGUGGAAAAGCUUUCAUUCGGCACGAUCAUCUUAAGAAACACAAGAAAAUACACACCGGCGAGAGGGCGCACCAGUGUGAAGAGUGCGGGAAGUGUUUCAGACGCGCCGAUCACCUGAACGUCCACUACAAAAGUAUUCACCUGGGAGAGAAAGUGUGGAGAAAGUAUAAAGCUGUAGUGCACCAGUGUGAAGUGUGUAAGAAAGAGUUCAGAGGAAAAACCAAUCUGAUGACGCACUUCAGAACGCAUUCAGGAGAGAAGCCUCACCGCUGUGUGAUCUGUAACCAGACCUUCCGCAUCAAGAAAACUCUGACCAAGCACAUGGUCAUCCAUUCUGAAGUGCGUCCUUUCAGCUGCCCUCACUGCAGUGCCGCCUUCAAACGCAAGGACAAGCUCAAAUACCACGUGGACCACGUCCACAGUGUACGCCCUGCCAUCCCAGCCUCGUCCCAAACACCUGAAACCUCGCCCCAGACUUCCAAACCCACGGAAGUGUCCAUCCCUGUCGCUCUGGUGCCGGUCCAGAUUCCUGAGGAAACCGGUGCCGAUCUGCAGCAAGAGCAGCAGCAGCCGGGUGGAUAUCAGCCAUCCACCGAUCUGGUGUUUCUGGAAAAAUACACGCUCACUCCUCAGCCGGCCAACAUCGUGCACCCGGUGAGAUCAGAUCAGAUCCUGGACCCGAGGGAGCCCUCGUACCUCAGUACGCUACUCGGUCUCGACUCGGCCUCCUCUGAGCAUGCUCAGUAGUGCUUUAAAAACCUCGUGGAAUACCAGUGGACUUUUAUUAACCUUUCCAAUUGCAGUAGUCUUUUUAGUAAAAGUACUGUCAAGUGCAAAAGUUUGCAUCCCCUUAGAGAGGGGAAAAAAAGCCAACGAAGACAAAAGUGUAAUUAAUAUGAUUCAUUUAAUAUAUUUUGCAAAUAAAUGUACCAUACUGAAAACUGUAUGAUAAGAUUAUAAUAAAAAUAAAUAAAUAAUAAUAAUUAGAGUUACAUCAGACAAAGUACACCACAGUGUCGUAAAAGUCUCAAAUCUGAUUGGUUUGUGGUGACGAUUAAUUUUCAGAUCUAACGCAUACAAUAAAGUUAUCGCUUCUUCACAGGAAAUUGUACAGCAGACGCUCCAUUUAAUCCGUAAUAACUUAAUUAAAUAAUAAUAAUUAACUUAAAUAAAUAAUUAGAACAAACACGUUUAAAGAGGAGAUUGAGGAGUUUACUAUCUCUUUUUAUUACCUUUUUUCUCUGUUGCAUUUUUAACAUGGUUAUGAAGAACAGUGUGCACACUGAGCAUGUUCGCUACGUAUCCGUCAAACAUGGACGUGUUUACGGCUAAUACGCAGAAGAUAAUUCCCAUAAACGGUAUCUGACCUGGUGUUUUCUCUAAUGAGAAGAUCGCACUUAUAUCAUGUAAUGCAAACUUUACAUAUCAUGUGUCCUUACUGAUGUAACCGAUAAUGAAAUGUCGUUAUUUUACUGUUGUAUCUUGUGUUCUUUCUAUAGUCCUUAACGGUAUUCUUGGGUUUAAUAUGUGGCACUUAUAUUGUUGGGAAUGUUGGAUAAAUUUCCAUGUCAAUUUGUGUUGCUGAAGGAACAAUAUGGAAUAUGUUCUGGUAUUAAAAUGCAACGGUAUUUGAAGUCAAA